AUGUCACGAACGUAUUACAUUUGGGCACUUGUACGUCAAGUCGGUGAAGGAAAAAAAAUUAUUAUAAAAGAUAACCCUAAAUAUUGGCCGACGAUUUCAACACACCACUCGUCCCCAAUUGACCCCCAAAACGGAUUUCAUCGCCUACUGCUGCCAUCGAUCCCUACCAUAUUCUUCAGAUCACGCCGCCGCAUCCACCACCACAACCACCGUCAACCUCCGCAUCGACCACCACCACCAUUAACCUCCGCAUCGAGCAGGUUGGUUUCUUUCAUUCAUGGCGGCUUUGAAGGAGCUUUUGCCACCUGCAAAAUCAUCUUCUUCCACCUUCUAUGA